AUGGAAAUAGACGACGAUGAUACGCAAAGUUCAAUAUCAUCAACUGGUGAUCGCAAUCAAACAAUUCCUUCAAAGAUUAUCGAAAAAAUCGUAGCAGAAGGAAGUGGAAAAAAGACAAGUACUAUUACUAGUACUAUUACUUCUACAACUGCUAUUAUGGGUAGUGCUAGUAAUAGCAGUUAUAAUUUAAGUCGAGCUGAUAGUAGUGAUGAUGACUAUGAUUAUUACAGCGGUCGGAAGACAAAGGAUCUUCUAUUGGAAGAUUACCGGAAAACUCUUCAAGCACCGGAUUCGAUAAUGGAACCAAAUAUCGAUGCAACUAUCAAAGAAUUUUUAAGAGUUGGCGGUCAACCAGAAGUGAUUAUCACUUCUCUCUCCAAUAGCUAUCGUGGUGUUGCUCAGUACUGCGAAUUAGUUGGUAACUGGUUGUCUGAUCUGGAAGGAGAUCGACAAAUCGUUUAUGAAUGUUUCGAAAAAAGUUUGUGCUCAUUAAUUGAGAAACGUUUCGUGGCUGAAGUUGUCGAUAAAAAUUUUGAAGCCGCUGACGAUGUGGAUAAAUGGUUGCCGGAAUUAUUGCAGCACAGGAUAUGGCGCAAUUUAAUUUAUACACUUAUUGAACAAAAUUCUCGAUCGAAAUUUUUAAUGAAGUCAAUUCAAAUAAUAUCAGAGAGUGGAUUUCAACAUGAAAUUACAAGUGUUUAUCCAGCUGCUCAACAGGUAGAUCUUGAAAUUUAUUAUCGUAUGGUGCUGACUGCGAUUGAUGACUUUUUCAUAAAGCAAAAAAAAGGACCAAUGACAGAAGAUUAUGAAAAGGCAUUUGCGGAAUUAGCUCGAGUGGUUUGCUAUAGUGAGCAUACUUAUUUGUUUGCACAAGUCCUUUUGCAUGAAAUUAUUAAAGAGGAAAAGAAUGAAACAGCAGCAGCUUGUACAUGUUUAUCGCUAAUGUUACGUCGUGAAGCACAUAAGCAUAAUUAUCAGGAUACGCAUGAUAUUCAUCUUUCCAUAGAUGGGAGUGAUAAUGAGGUAAAGCAAAGCGUUUAUACGAUGCUCAGUAAGAAAUGCUUAAAUCAAGCUGAUAUCAUUCGUCUCUAUGAACGCUACAGUUCAUUGAAACCACCAUCUAUUGAAUUUAUCCAAGAUUCAUUUUUUGUCGAUAUGCUUAUCGAUACCUUAUUUGCAUAUAAAGGAAACAGGAUUCAGUCCAAUCAUCGCUCGAAAUACAUCUCUCUAUUGUGCUAUGCUUCUUGUCAUACUUCCGAUGAUGCAAACAACAAUAGGGAAAAUGAAGAAAUAAAGAAAACAAAAGAAAUCAUGGAAAAGAUUUUGGAUAAUAUAAGAUCGGAACGCGAAUCUUUAAAAGAUAUCACUUUGUUACUCAGUGGCAUUGAAUUUCCAUCAAUUGCUAGUGGAUUGCUGUAUUAUUUACAAGGAUUUUUGUUAAGUGAUAAAAUACUCUGCGAAUUAGAAGUGAUUCAUUUCGUUCUGUUGGAUGAAAUUGCAACCAAACAUUGCGGUCUACAUAUCAGGUUAUUCAAAAUGCUUUGUGAAUUAUAUGAUCGCCAGUCAAAGUUUUUACAACCAGCAGAAGUGAUUAUCGCUAAGCAACGAAGCAUCAUUGAUCGUUUUGUUCACCUACUUUCUGUUGGCUUUGCAUUACCAGUAAUCGAAAAGAUCAACAAAAUGUUUCAGGAAGGGCAAAUUGAUGUCUCUGUUGUAAGGUACUUUGCUGUAGAAGUUCUGGAUAUCAUUGAAACACCCUAUUCGGAAGAGUUCAUCGAGACGUUUUUACCGAUUGUGUUAAAUCAGGAAAUCUUUGAUAAAAUAACUAUUAUAAAGGUACCAUCAGCAAGCCGAUUCAUCCAAGACGCCACGUCCAAAACUUUAGAUGAUAAUAAAGGCAAUAUGGAACGUGGCACUACACCCGUCAAAAGUGAAGUUUUGUCUGAAUUGACUAUAGUGGAAAUGUGUAAUGUUAUUGGUUGA